AUGGAGUCGACCACCGGGCCCAUCUUCGAUGAGGCCCAAUAUCGUACCGAUGUCCUCCACCACCCCUCACCGGAAUCCGAAGCAGCGCAGGCGCAACACCUAGCCGAAGAAGCUCAACAACUGGGUCUGAAGGUGCCAGAGAUCGAAGCAUCCGCACCAUUAGCUGCCUCGAUCGCCUCGGGAGUGGUCGAUCUCUCCUCGCCAGCUCUGUCUUCUGGAUCAUCGACCGAUCGGAAUUCGGUGUACGGCUCCGUUACUCCGUCCCACGAGCCGUCCUCCCCCGUGCCAUCCGUCCUCGAUCAGAUCGUUUCGUCGCUGUCGGAUUUCACACUUUCCUCGGAUCGCACUACGGCUUGUAGUACGCGAUCGCUGGCUUCGCUGUCUACGCGCCCGACCUCGUUUUGCUCUAGUGAGGGGAGAACGGGCCUUGUUGGGCAUGGAUAUAAUGAUCCAUUUGAUGAUGCCAGGUCGCAUCGGCAUUCAAUUCUCAGCGUUGCAUCUGCCGACAAGAAGGAGAGGCGACGGAGCAGCUUGAAGUCGGCCAUUGGGAGAAUUCAUUUCCGCAAGAAGCGCACGUCCUCGGCCAUUGACUUGCCCUCGGAAGGGCGCAUGACUGUAUCUACUAGCGACAAAGGCGUUGAACAUGUUUUCUUCGAACCUGAACCGGAAUCUAAUGAGGCUGCCCAUGAGGAUGUCCCCCCGCACGCGAGCAGUGAGGCCUCACUUCUCAGGUUGGAAAUUCCUCACUUCAGCAAAGAGGAGUUACAAAGGACUCUAGACGAUCCGGAGCUAAGUGAGAUCCACGAGCGGCAUCAGAUGGAAAGGAACCGACAUCUUGCUUUCCAAGACGCCGCUCUGAGUACCCUCCGGCGUCGGCACCAGACCGCUAUGUCAGAGCAGCAGUCUGACAACCAGCGCCAGGAGGAUGAGAAACGCGAGAAGAACAUCGAGGCCAUCGCCCAAAUCGAAGAGCGACAACUGGCGGUAGAAAUCGAACAGCAACGCGAGUUCGAUCGAGCCAAAAUGAACUCGCGCACUCGCAUCAAGCAUAUGGAGGGGUAUCUCCGCAAUACCAGUCCACCGCCAUCCCCCGCCGGAACACCGACCAGAGCCGAACGAUCCCAACAAUCAUCGGAAUCAUUAUCGGAAUCCGACUCAACUCCGCCAGCCCGUGUGUUCACUCGCCAACACAUGGAGCAGCUAGAACAACAAUACCAUUGCCACAAAAGCAUGGAUCAGCUUCACGACGCCCGCAUCAAAGUCCUCCGUGACCGCCAAGAAGUCAAGCUGCAGGAAGCUACGGCGCGUAUGGAAAAGGAACUGGAUGAAAUGUGUAACCGACACAUCCAGGAUGUUGCUGCCUUGCAAACCGAGCACCAGCGCGAAGAAACCUGUCUCAUGCAAGCCUUGGAUACGAAAAAGACGACUUUGCGGCACCGCUGGUAUUUGGAAGAGGCUGUCCUACGUCGGCAUCUCGAGGUACGACAUGGCCAAUCAUAUGGUCCUUUGCCACUUGUCGCUUUCACCACCCCCAACACCCCCAUUGCUGUUGCGGAACACUCGCCACUCGAAACUUCAACCCCGGAUACAAUCCAUCCCAGCCAAGAUUUUGUGCCUCUCAAAUUGGAGACGAUGACGUGA